GAAGACUGACCACUUAUUGCGGAAGGGUCACGAGGCCUCGGCGAUGGUCAUCCGAGCGGCGUCGACCAACUCAGUCUUUGCAAGAGCGACAUUUUGUGGACCAAAGAAUUGGCAAAACUGGUUCCACCAGAGAAUACCAAGCUGCGACAAGAUCCUUCGGCUGGCAGGGUUCUUCCGGAUACCGGGACAGAUUUAGAGACAGAGAUUUUCAAGGGACCCAGUACAGACAGCCUUGGCGUCAAUCCUGGAACUCCAAGCCUAGAGGUACACGCAAGAGAAGAGGUUCCUUCGGCCUCCCACAGGAUCGCCGUAACCGACGACAUCUGGAGGGCAGUACUGGAUCUAAAAAGGCUAAAUCGGUAUGUACGGAAGAGACCCUUUCGGAUGGAAUCGUUCCGAACCAUCAAGUCAGCGAUCCUCCCUGGGGACUGGCUGGCAUUGCUCGACUUAUCCGAAGCUUAUCUGCACGUCCCAAUCCACCCGAAAUUCCGUCGUUUUCUCAGGUUUGCCUACGGCCGCACGUUCUUCCAGUACAGGGCUCUCCCGUUCGGCUUGUCUUCAGCGCCGAGAGUUUUCACAAAGCUGAUGGUGGCAAUCAUUGUUCAUGUCAGGGUGCAGGGCAUCCACGCAUACCCUUACUAGACGACAUUUUGAUCCGCGCAAGCUCAGCACCCCAAGCAGAGAAAGAUGUAGAACACACAAUUCGAAUCAUGGAGGAACAUGGCUUCAUAAUCAACAUGGUCAAGAGUCACCUUCAACCGUCUCAGGUGUUGUUGCACCUAGGUGUUCGGUUCAAAUUGAAGGAGGCGACAGUCAGCCUGCCAAAGGAAAGGAGAGGAAAAAAUUUCCUUGGCUAUCAGGCCUUAUUUACACAAAGCAAGAGCCCCACUAAUGCACUUAGCACACAUUCUGGGACUGAUGAUUGCCUGCCUGGAUUGCAGGUCCAGGACACAAUUCUGGCAGCUAGGCGUCCUUCGACGACUAGAAUUCAUCAGGUUACAUGGUCCACCUUUUGUUCCUGGAUGCGCAAGUCUGGGGUGGAUCCCUUACAAGCAGGAGUGCCAGCUGUUCUUGGUUUUUUACAAGCAGGAGUCAAAAAGGGUCUAUGCCCCAGCAAGUUGAGGCGACAGACAUCGGCGUUAGCUUCAGUUUUAAUCAUUUCCACCAAGGAGUCUCAUUCUUUGCACCCGGACAUUCAGCGUUUCUUGAAGGGGGCAGUUAACUUGGGUCCUCCUCCAAUUCAUAGAUUUCCCUCGUGGGAUUUGAACAAAGUUCUGAAUGCUCUUACUAAGACUCCCUUCAAGCCUAUGUGGAAGGUGCCCUUGAGACUCAUGUCCUUUAAAGUUUUGUUCCUUGUUGCUGUUACGUCAGCCAGACGUGUCUCUGAGCUGGCGGCUCUUUCAGUACGGGAUGAACUCUGUAUUUUCCAAAAAGAGUCAGUAGCUAUGAAACUAGACCCUACAUUCUUACCUAAGGUGAACACGGUUUUUCACAGAAGUCAGGAGCUUGUGUUACCUUAUUUUUGUCCGAAUCCCCGCCAUCCUAAGGAACACGCUUAGCACACAUUAGAUGUACGGAGGACCCUCCGCAUCUACAUUAAACGGAUUAAAGUUUU